UUUUGAUGAAAAUUAUUAUUCCAAUGUUAUGACAAUAUCUAACGUCAUUAAUAUUUGACACUGCGAUGGUAGCGCCGUCUGUCCGAUCCAAUGUAAAACAUUCCAAAAUCAACAACUACCUACUAAUAAAUUAAAAAUUAUUUAAAAAAACAUUUUCCAGCGGACAAAAUUGUGAAUCUAAACCAUUCUCAGAUCCCCUUGAACACACUCAAAAAAUUUCAUCAUAAUCGGUCCAGUCGUUUAAAAGGAGUUCAGUGACAUACACACUUACAGAAGAAUUAUACAACGUGUAACAAAAAGGGGGUAUACAUAUCAAUUGCACGGCUUCUAGAUAACAUAACAAACGAUACGGGAAGGGUUUUUUAAACUCACGUUUCUUUGGUACCAAGUUAUGAAUUUUUCAAAUCGCGCCGCCGCAUGAUUCAAAAUUAGGUAGAUAGGUACUAGGCGAUCAGAUUGACAGAAGAAAUGUUCCGUAAUACUCGCAAGUGAUCCCUGUAGUGUUGUGACAUGUUUGUAUGAUUUAAAAUCAAGAAACAUGCGAUACCAAGUAUUUGGUACAAUUUUUUUUUAAAUCUUAUUUUAAGCUGAAACUUCGUGUAGAGAUUCUAUUCAACCUGUAUUCAUCACCGCUUCUUGAUGUAUAUGGGUAUUUUGUUACACGUUGUAUAUAUAAAGAUAAAUCUAUUUAAACAACUUUACAUUUAAUGCAAAAAGUCUGCAAUUUUUGUUUGUUUUCUGGUUCUAUUCGUAUAGUAGGAAGUACGAACUGCAUUAUAUAAACGAGACAUAUGGCUUCUUAUCGUGUCAUCUUCAAAAUUUCGUUGUAACCGGACAAUUAUAUGUGAAAUUCGGUCGUUAAAAGCGGAUGGACGUUGUAAGCGGAGUCGUAAUAAACGAAUGUCUAUUUAUGCAAGUUUAUACUAAAACCAAACAAAUGCCUAAACUUUCGUCGCUAAAAACGGUUGGUUGCUAUAUGCGAAGUCGUACUAAACGGACUACACUGUAGUAAAAAGGUAUGAAAAAAAUAAUAUCAAUAUAAUAAAACAUUUAGUACAAAGAAAAUGCUCUAACGGAGUAUAGAUAAUUCUAUGUCGAUCGUUACACGACUUCGGUUCAUGUUAUUGUUUUAAUUCAUCGAAAAAAAGUAAAUAAAUAGUAAAAAGGUAUGAAAAAAAUAAUAUCAAUAUAAUUAAACUUUUAGUACAAAGAAAAUGCCCGAACGGAGUAUAAAUAAAUAAUCCAAGUUGUCUUUAUCCUCGAUAGAUGGCGUUGGGAUCGAAAUAGAUCGCGCUAUGGUUUCGUUACAUUCAUUUGGUUGGGUAUCGGCCGAGCGCUUCGGUACUAUCGUAGAAAAAGUGUAUUAUCAGUCGUAUGAUUAUUUGUCUGUAGUGGUCCUGCUGUUUCGUAUAUUCUAAAUUGGUUUCGUUGUAUUUGUCAAUUAAUAAGUUUAUUUGUUGGGUUUUCCUGGUUUUUUGGUUAAACUAUUUAACGUAGGUUUAGUUUGAUAUCGAUUAUUAGUAGUUACUGUAGUUAGUUUUUUUAAUAAAAUUGUAAGUCUAAUUUAUAAAUUAAUUAGAUUAGAUUUAAGUCGUUUCUUUUAAAUUAUUUAGUUUAAGCUUGGUUAUUAUAGCAUAGAGGAUAGGUUGUAAUAUAGUUUCUUUUUUAAUUGUUAUAAAUUCGUAAUUCGUAGCUUUCUUUAGUUUUAAGUUAGUUUAAGUCCGUUUUUAAACAAUUUUUUCAAUGCCCUAAGUGAGUAUACAUCUAUUAAAUUCAAACGCAGAGCUCAUUAUGUUGAUUUUUGAAGAGUUCCCUGGAAUAUCUUCCACAUCUCAUUUUUGAAGAGAUCCCGCGAGAUCGGGAACUAUGUGGUUAAAACCAAAAAUUUGCCGGAAGUCACUAUUCCACGCGAACGAAGUCGCGGGCAAAAGCUUGUUUACUAAUAUAAUCGUAUUAAACGGCUUUUUAAUUCUUAUCUACUUAUUUAGCUCGACUUCGGAAAGUCUACCAGCAAAUCGUCGUCGACGGGUAACAUAUACCCAGCUAGAAGUGUUGUGGGACUUCCUAAACACUAAUAAGGAGGUGGCGUUGGGAUAUAAUAAAAGCGCUCAUGCUCGGGAACAUUCAAGGAGGAUGUGGGAAAAUGUUUCCGAGCAUUUGAACGCGCAAGGUGAAGGCGCUGUGAAAAGCGGCAAGGAAUGGUGUACUUAUUGGGUCGACUAUAAGUCGAAAUUAAAAAGAAAGGCGUCAACAGUCAGACUUUCGCAGACUCAGACUGGUGGCGGGCCUCCAAGUGUCCCUCCUCUCAGCAACAUUGAAAAAAAAUUUAUAUCAAUAAUGGGUGAGGGUUAUGGUAGUGGAUUACCUAACGUACAUGUGGACCCUUUUGCUCCACAAGCCAUCACUAGCUCUGCUGCAGCAACAGAAGGGGCUUUGGUUGUCUGGCCUGCGGACUCACCUAAUUUAAUUGAGAAUAUAUCACGUCAGGAAGAGGUACCAUCGCCGGCAGCGGUGCCACCAGUAAUACCACAGCAGGAGGGGCUACCAACACAGCCUCCAACAGAGGAGGCUGUGUUGGUAGCCCCUCCUCCUGUGCCACCUCUGGUACAACCUCUUCAAGGGGAAAUACCACUCCCUCCCUUAGUACCCCGUGUACGUUCACGCCGGCGACGUGGCAUGAGCAAGGAGGAGGCUCGCCGGCAACUCGUACAAUUAAGCCAAGAAAGAUUGGCAGUAGAAAGAGAAAAUGCAGAAUCAUUAAAACAAAUACUUAUAUGAAUUAAUAAAAUAGCGGAUAAAAUGGACAGGUAAUACAUACAUUUAUUAUACAGUGAAACCUCGUUAAGUGAGACAUCUCAAAUAAACAUUUGUCUCAUUUACAGAGGGUUCCAUUAAUGGAGGUGAACAUAACAUAACAUAACAUAACAUAACAUUGUGGAGAUUUCUCACUUAUUCUGGUCCCACUUAACCAAGUUUCACUGUAUUUACAUUGUAUUUAUUAUUAUUAACAUUUAUUUAAAAUUCUCUAAAUUUACAUUUUUAAAUACUACAAAAUACAAAAUAAAAUAAUAUUUAAAAAUAUGAAAAUAGGAGCCGACCAUUAGCGGGAGCAUGGUCCAAGCUACCGGGUGGUUAGGGCUCCAGAGACAGAAACCUCCUCACAAUACGUGCCGUUUCGAGGAGUACUGCCCUCUGCAUCAGGCCCUUGAUCCAUCCGUCCAACCCCAGCCUCCUAAGGUGAUUGUCGAGGCUGUUGGAUAUUAAUCCGUUGGCCGAUACGACUAUCGGCACAACGAUAGCCGAAUCCACAUUCCACAUGUCGACAACCUCGUGAGCCAAAUCAAGAUAUUACAUUGUAUUUAUGGGUUCCCUCUAUCUGGCAGAAUUUUAAUGCUCCGAAAUUUGUUUGGCAUAACACACUUGGCAGAAUCUUCUUUAAACGAAUAUAUAUGUAAAGAAAAAUACUAUACUAUUUUCUUUAAUUUUGAGUUUAGCCGCCUUGGUGCUUGUGAUAAAACUACACGAAUGAAACCUAUUUUAUUUUAUGAACCUAUUUUAU